AAUCAGUUAUUGUUUUGUUUCAAGUGUUAUUCUCUAAGCUAACUCUCUCUAUUCUCUAUGGAGACAUUAUUCCAUCGUUCAUCAUAUCUAAAACCUUCUUAUCUCUUACCUAAACCUCCAAAAAAACCUUUCAUCAUGUUAGCAUCAAAUUCUCUUAGAUUCAACUUCAAUUACUUCCCAAAUUCCAAUCUUUCUUCUUCAUCAUCAUCAUUUUCAGGGCAAUUUUCUCUUCAAAAUAAGCCUAGAAAAUCAUUACCACUUAUUCUCAAUGCCCGCAACAAUGAUAAGAAAGAAGAUAGUCAUAGUUUUGUACCCAAAUCAGAUGAAGUAACUGGGUUCUUCCCUGAAUCUGUUCUUCUUAAAAAGAAGGAAGUUGAGGAAGAUGGUAAGCUUCUUCCGGAGUUUGAAGAUGAUGAUGAAAGAGAACUCUAUGAAUCGCUGAGGCUUGAGGUGGAAUCUGAUAUGGAUGUUGAACUAUUGCGCCACUACGAGAUUGUUUACUUAAUUCACGAGAAGUAUGAAGAAGAGGUUGCAGCUGUCAAUGAAAAAGUUCAAGACUUUUUGAGGGAGAAGAAAGGAAGAGUGUGGAGAUUCAAUGAUUGGGGUAUGAGAACAUUGGCUUACAAAAUACAGAAAGCUAGUAAAGCACACUAUAUUUUGAUGAACUUUGAGUUGGACGCCAAAUAUACCGACGAGUUCAAGAAUAUGUUGGACAGAGAUGAAAGAGUCAUUCGGCAUCUGGUGAUGAAGAGGGACGAGGCAAUCACUGAAGAUUGCCCUCCCCCUCCUGAAUUUAAUACUCUUGUUGCUAACAUAGAUGAUGAAGAUGACGAAGAUGAUGAAGACGACGAAGAAUGGGAUGAUGAAGAUGAUGAAGACGACGACGACGAUGGUGAAGAUGUUGAUAAUGAUGAAGAAGAAGAAGUUGAUGAUGAUGAUGAUGAUGAUGAUGAUGAGGAUAUUGAGGGUGGUGAGGGGAUUUUCAUAGUAGAUGACGAUGAUUUGGGAAUAUCAGAGAGCCAGAAAAUAGCAUAAUGAGGACUAAGAAUGUAGGUAGGUCGGUGUUUUCUUUUACUCUAAUUAUUUUGUUCCUUUUGUUUUCGUAGGAAUAUAAAGCAGUUUUGAACGUUAUGACUCUACAUAUAUGAAAAUCAAAGUCAUUAUAAUGUCUUGUUUAAUUGCCCAAAUUAUUAACUUGAUGUUUGUUAAUUGAAAAAACUAAGGUUGAAAUUGAUACAAAAUGUAUGUGUAUGUAUCACUUAUGAAAUUCAUAUUCAGUAA